GGGGAGCGAGGCCACUCACCCAGGAUCAGCAGCACGUGGCGGGGGCGCGCCCGGUGCGCGCGGCACAGCCCCAGGGCGAGCAGCAACGCCCAGCACACUGGCCCGGGGCGCAUGGCGGUGGCACCCGGUCCCUGUCCCAGCUCCUGUCCCGGUCCCGGUCCGCCCCGUCCCGCGUCACGUGAGACCAGCACCGCCCCGCCGGUCACGAGGUGCUGGCUCCGCCCACGUCCCCCGCUCCCGGGCAGGUCUGCGGGCCGAGGGGGCAACUUGGGCAUGGCGUCUGGGAAGAUGAUGGAGCAGGCCAUGCCCUGGUCCCCCCACCCGGCCCCCAGGGCCCGCGGCUGCCCCUCUGCCGCCCUGCGGAGGUGGCUGCCCCUCCUGGCCUGGAUGCCCCGCUACUCCACGCAGUGGCUGAGGAUGGACCUCAUCGCGGGGCUCUCAGUCGCGCUCACGGUCAUCCCCCAGGCGCUGGCCUACGCGGAGGUGGCUGGACUCCCUCCCCAGUACGGCCUCUACUCGGCCUUCGUGGGGUGCUUCGUGUACUUCUUCCUGGGCACCUCCCGCGACGUGACUCUGGGCCCCACGGCCGUCAUGUCCCUGCUGGUCUCCUCCUACACCUUCCGGGAGCCCGCCUACGCCGUGCUGCUCGCCUUCCUGUCCGGCUGCGUCCAGCUAGCCAUGCGGUUCCUGUGCCUGGGGUUCCUGCUGGACUUCAUCUCCUGCCCAGUCAUCAAAGGUUUCACCUCCGCCGCUGCCAUCACCAUUGGUGUCGGGCAGAUCAAGAACCUGCUGGGACUGCAGCGCGUCCCCAGACAGUUCUUCCUGCAGCUGUACCACACCUUCCGCAGCCUCGGGGAGACCAGGGUGGGCGAUGCCGUGCUGGGGCUGGUCUGCCUGCUGCUGCUGCUGCUGCUGCGGCUGCUGCGAGCCCAUGCGCCCCCCGUGCACCCCGACACGCCCCCCGGAGUGCGGCUCAGCCUCGGGCUGGUCUGGACGGCCACGACCGCCCGCAAUGCCCUGGUGGUCUCCGGCGCCGCCCUGAUGGCCUACUCCUGCGACUUGGCCGGGCACCGGCCCUUUGUCCUCACUGGGGAGGUGGUGCAGGGGCUCCCUGCGGUGCGGGCCCCCCCCUUCUCAGUGACCACGGCCAACGGGACGGUCUCCUUCACCCAGAUGGUCCAGGACAUGGGGGCCGGGCUGGCCGUGGUGCCGCUGAUGGGGCUGCUGGAGAGCAUCGCCGUGGCCAAGGCCUUCGCGUCUCAGAAUAACUACCGCAUCGACGCCAACCAGGAGCUGCUGUCCAUCGGCCUGACCAACGUUCUGGGCUCCUUCUUCUCUUCCUUCCCGGUCACCGGCAGCUUCGGACGGACGGCCGUGAACGCCCAGUCGGGGGUGUGCACCCCUGCGGGGGGCCUGGUGACAGGGGUUCUGGUGCUGCUGUCGCUGGGCUACCUGACCUCGCUCUUCUACUACAUCCCCAAGGCCGCGCUGGCGGCCGUCAUCAUCACGGCCGUGGCCCCGCUGCUGGACACCAGGAUCGCCUGCACGCUGUGGCGCGUGAGGAGGCUGGACCUGCUGCCCCUGAGCGUGACCUUCCUGCUCUGCUUCUGGGAGGUGCAGUACGGCGUCCUGGCGGGCACGCUGGUGUCUCUGCUGGUCCUCCUGCGCUCCGUGGCCAGGCCCGGCAUUGCUAUUGUCGCGGGCCCCCGGACUCCUCCCGCCGGGCCGGAGCUGUCCAUGGCUUCGCCAUGCCCAUGCCUCCUCCUCGCAGUGUGACUGCCCGUGCCUGUCCCCGCAGCGUCCCCACCGCGCUCCGCGGUCCUGGAGUGCAGCCACCUCUGCAGCCUCGACUACACGGUGGUGCUGGGGCUCCGGGAGCUGCUGGAGGACUUCCGGCGGCAGGGCCUCACCCUCGCCCUCGUCGGCCUGCAGGAGCCCGUGCUCCAUGUCCUGCUGUCCGCUGACCUGAAUGUCCAGCACUUCCCCAGCCUGGAGGAGGCAGAGAAAUACCUGAGUCAGGAGCCGGGCACCCAGCCCCACAGCUUCAGCGACGACUCUGUCCCGGAGCCCUCGCUGCCCUGCUGAAGCCGGAGCGCCCGAGGGCAGGGCGGCCGCGGUUUGGAGAGCCUCCCAGAAGGUUCUCCUGCGAGGCCGGAUGCUGCGCUGGCCGGAGGGUCUGAGGAAGCCGGAGCGGGACCAGAGGAAGGACAUGGCCCCACUGGUUCCCCCCGGGACGAUGGAAGCUUGACCUCCUACCGACCUGGGGCAGAGCCGUGGUUUGGAGAGAGACUUCUAGAAAGACAGACCCCGGGGUGUCAGCCUGGGCCAGGAAGGGUCCCCGCAGCCCAGCCCCUUCCUGGCUUGGGGGGCGGGUGGGGCGCAUCUCCCGGUCCCCGCCCCCCUUCGGCCCGGCCCGCUGCUGUUCUGGGAGGAACAAGGUGUGCCAAUGGCCUCGUGUCUGCUGAAGGGCGGUGAGGCUGCACAGUGUAUUUUUACUGUAGUUGUUAAUCCUCAUGUGAAGGUAUUUUUCCAUUGAUUUUUAGAGCAAGUGGAAGGGAAGGGGAG